CUGUGUUGUUUACCUGACCGUCUGGGAAUCUGAUUUCCUACCACGUGCUUACUCGGUCGAGUUAUUCUAAGCUUAGACUGUAAGUUUACAGGAGAGAUAAGUCUUAUAAUUUAAUCGAAAGGGCCAGACUACACACAUACAGGUGUUUUGGGAAGGGCCCCUUGAGGUAUUUUGUGGGUUUUGAUGUCCCAGUAAUUCACCGGCGCCUCAAGGCACUGUACCCAUAUUAUCUUUGUGAACGGUUCGGGACGCUACUACAGACGAUAUUCCUGUUCGGGAGUAUAACUCACAAGCAGACGAUGAAUCUUUAGCAUUUUACUGGGAAAACGCAUGCGCAGUAUGUAUACAUUUUAUUGUAUAUAGUAUCAACGCAACACGUGGGAUAGCAGAUAAACGACAGGCGGAUUUAAGAUUUCGUAAAAUAUGGGGAACGUUUUUAAUUACCGCCGACCAGACCCCCAGGAAAUGGUGGACCGGAAACAUCCAGCCAAAGUCAAACUACAGAAACAGCGUCACCGCCUGGUCAGCGAAAGGCUGCACGAGAGCGAGCGACAUACGGAAAAUAAAAAUGGCGUCGGAUCCAGCGGCAAGCCGGAUGAAGUAGACGGAAAAGAUGCCUGUACUCAGAAGCACGCCAACAUGUCGGCUGUCAACAAAAGAAAGCAGUACCAGAAAAUGCCAUCCAUUCUGAACGACUUAGAAGUUACUGCCAUGAAAGUGGAUAUUCAGGACCAUGAGUAUCCGUUUGAGAACUUGGUUUUUGAGGGCGGCGGAAACAAGGGCUUGGCGUACUGUGGGGCUGUGAGGGUCCUUGAAGAGAUAGGAGUCUUCCCAAAAAUCAAACGUUUGGCUGGAGCUAGUGCAGGCGCCAUGACAGCGGCUCUGCUUGCCGUCGGAUACAAUUCUUAUGAAAUAGAAGAAUUCUUGAGCCAAGACCUUUCUCACUAUUUCCUAGACGCAUCUUUUGGGUAUUUAAGUCUGUUACCUAACUUGGUAAGCGGUUAUGGCUGGAACCCAGGAAACCGAAUCUAUGAGUGGUUUGGUACUGUAAUGAAGAAGAAAACUAACGAUCCAGAUAUAACUUUCGGGGAGCUUUAUCGUGAUAAAAGAUUCAAUAAGGAGCUAUGUGUUGUGGUGACAAAUCUAAAUCAUAUGACAGAGGAGUAUUGUCACCCAAAAACUACACCGGAUAUGCCUAUACGGUUAGCCGUGCGCAUGUCGAUGUCGAUACCGGGUAUGUUCAAGGCUACGCCCUACACAGUGAACGGUGAAACAAAUUUGUAUGUUGAUGGAGGAGUCCUUUGUAAUUAUCCCGUGCACUGCUUUGAUGGUUGGUGGCUGUCCAUGAAACCAGGCGAUAGCUUUCUGCAAAAGCUGCAGCCAUUGGAAGACCUACCAAAAAAGCUUGCCAAGUCAGAAAGAUUCGGUGAUCAUAAUGAAAAGACAUUGGGUUUUCUGCUGUACGCGGAUUCUGAACACGAGAUGUUCCGGUUUCUGAUGGAACAAAGAAUAGGAACGCAGUUGGCAGAGCUACCUAAUACAAAACUUGCUAGGAAGAAGAAAGAAGAAAAGAAACAACAGGAGACAGUACACAGAGAGCACAGACGCGUGACGAUAGCAGUCAACGAAUUUCUGAGGGUGCUACAGAAACAUGACAUGGACGGAGGAGGCACUAUUAACAAGUCUGAACUUGAAGCUGCGUUUGCAGAUGAUGAAUUUUCUGAACAAAGUGCUGAAAUAUUGUUUGGAAAGGAGUACGAUGUCCAUAAGGCGUUUGAACUUUUAGAUGAGGAUGAUGAUGGAGAGAUUGAGUAUCAUGAACUCAUACACUUUGUAGAAAACACGGGAGUGUUUCUCCAACAGAGGUAUAUAGGAUAUCAGCGAAAAAACAUAGACGGCCUCAUGUCUUUCUUUGAUACACUGCAAAGCGCACUUCUCACCAAUGUGAAGCGGAUAUUUGUACAGGACAAAGAUCUCGAACGAACUGUGGGUAUCAACACUGGUCAUGUGGGUACAUCCGAUUUCAAGCUGGAGAAUGGAGAUCGUGACUUUGUGGUAGAACAAGGACGCAGGAGCAUCACAUCUUUCCUAAAGUACUAUGCCGCCCAUCAUAAAAAUCUGGCGAGGCGUUCGGAAUCGUCCCACCACUCUCGAGUUCUAGAAUCCAAAAUAUCCGAGGAAUCAAAUGAAGGGGCAAAUGGCAAUGGUGUUGAUACGAACAGUAUACAUUUAAAUGGCGUAGACGAUACAAAUGUAUUCGACGACGAGAACGAGGCGGAAAAUGAGAAAACGCCAAUUUUGGAUGCAAGCUAAUCGACUGUACACGACUUGAAUCGGCUAGAAUACAUCAAAUCCAAUUGAUGGUAUUAAUGGGUCGGUCACUUUGUGUAAUGGCAGACUCUUCCUGGCAGAAGGAAACAGGUGCUUCGUUGUAGCAGGGAAGUGAUGCGUUUAGACGUUGGCAGGUUAUUAGGUUGUACAACGUAUGUGAUAUUUGUCUCUGGGUGUCAACAGAAGUCUUCGUAAUGUAUAUUCUUACGUAAAUGUAUUUAGUAUUUCAAACUUAAGGUUGUAAACUUCCUUACAAAUGAUAAAUUUCAAUAUUUUCAUAAUCCCGCCUCUUUUUGGGGAAAACACUAUUAUCUAUAAAGAAGACCAGGCGUGAUUCUUUAAUUUCUAGCUAUGUUAAAUACUUAUUGCUAAGUCAUUACUGCAACAUUGAAAAACAGAGGUAAAAGGCCUAGAGGUGUGGAACAUUUAUGUAAAUGACGUACAUAAAUAUAACCUUUAAGGCGAGUUGAAAUAUAACCAAUUGUUGAAAUUGAAACGAUGCAGACGCGUUCGGUGUGCAGUUUCGCUUUCCAUACCUGCACAAAGAGAAGACUUGUGUUAUGAUUUAUGAGAUAAUCGGUCAUUUUCAUUUUAAUGACUUCUGUGAUAAUGGUGUCGUGUCAUUUUAUGUCUGUCCUUCUUUGGUCGGUACCUAUUCCUUGAUAACAAAGAAAAAUUGAUUUAUGACGAUGCUUACGAGUAUGUACAAGUUAUUUUUCACUUUCAAUUUUAAUAGAAUUAAUUUGUAAAUAUUUCACAUUGAAGCAAUGCAAAUUAUUUUGCAUGGAAUAACUUAAUUCAUAUUUGAACCUAAAGCUUGUUCCAAUUUCUACUUUUGAAGUAUUGUAACAUUUGUCUAGUUAAUUUCAUUAAUUAUCUCCAUUUUCAACUUCGAAGGAGCAUUGUUUUGCAUGAAGCUACUUUAUAAAAAUCAAAAGUUCUUGAUGAAGAAUAAGUAACAAGUACGUUAGUUUUCGUUAUAACAUCAAAAUAUAAUAUUUACCCCUUUCAAUCUAUAUGUUUUAUUUUUUACUUUAGAAGCUUAUCCAUAUAUGGGAACUCAUAAGGAGUAAAAAUUACGAAAUGACUGAAAUCUAAUCAAUCAAUUAUAUCCUAGAAUCGACGCACACAUCUGCUGUAGGAAUUGAUGGGAUGGAUAUCCGGUAAUGUUAAACAGAAUGUAAAUAAAAUUUUAAAACAAUCAUUAUUUGUUUUUUCAUCGUUUACUAUUAUCACGUUUUUAGUACAUACGCUUUUUAUGUUCGAUUUCAAGAUGUUUGAAUUAUCUUGUAUCCUUUUUUCAAUAUAUUUAACUAAAUAAGAUGCCUCCCUGAUUCCUUUUUUAUAAUGGAUGGUGUUUUUUGUGUGUGUACAAACUUAAGAGUGUAGUUAGGUAUGUAUAUAUUAUAAAAUAUUUACAAAUCUCUAUAUUUAUAUUCCUUGAGAUUAUUUUGUUUAUGCUAAGUGUGGACUCUUUAUGCUAAGCAUGGAUUGGAAAGAGGAAGAGAGAAUGGUUUAUACAAUUUUGUCCAAUAUAUUAUUGUAUUUGUAUUUGAUUGUUCAGGUUAAGAUGGUAUAUUUGCUUGGCUUCAUAUUAAUAGCUUGUCUGCCAAUCUAUAUUGGCAAUGAUACCAUAAAAUAUGUUUUUUUUCUGCAUUUUUUACAUGUGUCGAAGCGCCUAAUUUGUACGCUGAGAUUAACUGAUAACAUUGUGAUUGUUGAUAUUGAAGUUGCCUGAAUGAGAGUUUUAUUGAUUUGUCAUAUAUCUAUGUAUGUAACAACAGUUUCACGUUUGUCCUUUAUACCUACCAGAACAAGGGUACAAUUACUGUUUUGCUUACAAUUACUUAAACUCAAUUUGUAUAUAGCAUGUACUUACCAUUCCUCAAAGUCCCACGGAGUCCUUGCUUACAUAUAAGUUAGAUAUGACACAAAGUUGUUUUACAAAACAUGCGCUGCGAUCACAUUAAAGCACAACCUUUUUUACUAUAAAACAUUUUUUUAUGAAGAACGUCACAUAUGCUGAUUUUAGGUGAGCUACGAAUUUGCGUUUUUAAAAUCGAAACGCAUUCCUUAGCUGAGAUCCAUACACCAGAAUGGUUCUUAACAUACACAGAAGGACAUGUUAUAUCCAGUUCAGAUCUUGGUUAUGAUUACAAACAAACAAAUAUUUCUUUUUCUAUAAUAUCAAGAUAUUCAACCUUUUUUUUAUUAUUUUUUUCUGCUGUGAUCUCUCUUGAUUAGAAACCCAGAGCCCCCGAUUUAUUCAGCGAACGCGAUUCUCUCUUCAAUUUACUGAUGUGAGUUAAUGUUAAUCAAAAUGCAUCAUUCUUACAAUUAUACAACAUAAUUCAUUACGAGGAAUAUUGAUAACGGUUUCUUAUUUUACUAACUUUAUCAAGUAUGGAGAAAAUGUCUCCACUUUUUUGGUUACACAUGAAAUACGGAACGAUUACAAAAAGUAAAUGAAACGCUCAACUUUCCUAAAUACCUAACAUCCAUGUUCCUGUUUUCGGUAAGAGGUUAUAGUUUAAAAUUAGUAUAGGUAUAACGGAUAUGUCACUACUGAUUACAAUUUCUUAUUAGAGAAGCACUCUUUGUUAAUCUAAAACAGUCUUAUCUCAUGAUUAACCGUAAUAUUCGAAUAUAUUUUGGAAGAUCAAACUCACAUUACACCUGUUCAUUAAUUUAUCAUUAUUCAUUCACAAGAUUGUCAAUAAAAACGUGGGUGAUUUUCAUUUAGUAACUUUAUUCGUUGUUCUGCAAUUAUUUUAAGGCCAAAACUUAAAAUCCGGACUAUUUUCCUUACAUUCCUGGUAGCUUUUUUCUUAUUAUUGUGUCAUAUUUGUUGCAAACUAUAAAAAUACUCCCCCUUUUAAGGUUACAUUCCAAUAAGAUUUGAUUCAUUCCACAAAAACCCACAUAACUUUUCCUAAUAUGUUUACCACGAUUAAUAAUGAACGUAAUGUAUGAAAACGGCGAAGCUUUGUGAAGACCAUGUUCCAGAAGAGUAAGCGAUUUCUGCUUCAUCGACGAAACCGCCAUGAAAAUUUUGGUCAAUCCGGUUAGUCUUGGAUACGAAUCUAUAAGGAUAAUAGAUGAUGAAGUUUGUACGCAAGUUUUUCUUGUUGAUAUUGUAUAAAAAUUUAUUAUUAUCACAAGGUUGUUUACCGUAAAAUGAUUUCCUGUGCACGUCAUAUUAUGAAAGUUAUGUGCAUUUAUCUCAUAAAGGAACAAUUUGAUUUUUAAUUAAUUGAAAAUCCGCCAAACAAGAGAUAAUAUCAAAGAUAAACCUAUGUUCUUCAGUUAGCACUCUUUCCUGUAAUUUGCUUUGUAGGUGCACUGUCAUUGACAUUAUUCUUGGAGUGUUUCAUGUUUCAUAUAACUCCGUAUCGUUCUCAGCACUGUGUACUCUGCAGUAUAGGAAGUACAUUUUAAAUUUCACAUGUAGAUAUUUAAAUUGAACACUAUUUGUUCCAAUCAUGUGUAUGUGUGUUUUGGAUUUCAAUUAAAAGGCAAAGCUAAA